UAAGGGCUAGUUCGAGACAGUUUUAUCUUUUACUAAAGCAAUACUCGUUAAUAUGGAUAUUCAUUCAUUGCGUGCUUUAACAUUUUGUUUAAUUGUUCUAAGACAAUCGAGAGUAUCUGGGCAAGGAGAUUCCUGGUGGCAGAGCUGGAGCUGGGGCGACCAGGGUCCGCCAUAUACGGCGAAAGCGGCGUCUGGGCCGCAGGUGCAGGUCGGGACCUCUUCCGGUGGUUCACAACAGACGACAGUCUCCCCAGAUUGGACAUGGUGGUCUAGCUGGAACUCAAAUACGGGCGGCCAACCAUCCAGGAGAGUUAACACCGCCCAAACUGUUUCCCGGCAGCAGGGCCCGGCUAACACUUGGUCCACCAGUUGGAAGUGGUCAAGUGACGGAAGUGGUGCGCAAGGUCCCGCUAUUUCGACCAGGGGCGCGCCAUCAAUUACCGGUAUGACUGCGUCUGCUGUAGAAGUGCCGGUUUCCUUCCGGGUUUCGGAGACACCGGCCGAUAAGAAUGUUAAUGGGUUGAUAACAAACGGAAGUGGGGAUGGAAGCGGGCUCGUGACGCCUUCCACGGUGGGUUCCCGUGAGCCACUGACCAGUGGCGGGGCAGAUGGAGACCCGGGGACCGGCACCACAGGUGUGUCAGCAUGGCAAAAGCGCUUGCUUGAGACGAGGAACCGGAACAUGGCGCGUCUAAAGCGGUUACGUGCAAACGCACCGUCAAUCACGACUACUGCCCCAUCUGUCAAAGCCGGAUCAUCGUGGCGUGAACGGAUGAGGCAGCUACAGCGUUUACGUGCCAGCCAGCGCGAACUUACCAGCACCGCUGCACCUAUAACCACGGAGUCAAUAGCUCUUAUCAGACAGCGUCUUCUAGAGGAAAGAAGGAGGCAACAAAUGAUUCACGAACAGAGACUACAAGAGCAGAAACUCCUUGAACAGAAAAUGGAGGAACAGAGACUGAAGGAACAGAGGCUGGAGGAACAGAAACUACAAGAGCAGAUACUCAAGGAGCAGAAACUGGAGGAACAGAGACUGAAGGAACAGAGACUGGAGGAACAGAGGCUGGAGGAACAAAGACUACAAGAAAAGAGACUCCUGGAACAGAAACUGGAGGAACAGAGACUGAAAGAGAAGAGACUGCAGGAACAGAUACUGGAAGAACAGAGACUACAAGAGCAGAAACUUCUGGAACAGACGCUGAAAGAGGAGAAACUUUUGAAACAAAGACUGGAGGAAGAGAGAGUGAAUGAGAUGAGACUGCAGGAACAGAGAUUGCAGGAAGAGAGACUAAAGAAAAAGGCACUGCAGGAACAGAGACUGAAGGAACAAAAACUGUUAGAACAGCGACUAGAGCAGCAGAGACUGAAUGAACAGAGAUUACUUAAACAAAAAAUGGAUGAACAGAGGCUGCAAGAACUAAGACUACAAGAACAGAGACUGCAUGAACUGCGACAACAGGAAAAGAAUAUGCUGGAAAAAAGACUACAGGAACUGAAAAUGCAAGAACAAGCGGCGUCUCUGGGGCAACGACAAACAGGCGGAGAUAUUACGAGUCUGGGCCAAGUUCAUCCUGGUGUAAACCUUGGGAGUUCCAUAUUUGGUCCAGGAGAUGGUAUCCAGAUUCGACCAUCAGAUACUCUACCUUCACCAGUUGACAUGGGAAGAGAGAGUUCCAUUGGCGCGACUUCCGGUGAGCCACUGGGAGCUUUCAAUCCUGGCGAGGCGCUUCAACCUUUACAACCAUCACCUGGGGAGCCUCUUGGUGUUCCGAUCACAAGCUUUAAGGAAGUCGAUUUAAACUCAUUCUUUAAUUCUGGCAGUACAUUGGGGCCAAUAGAUAGCUCUUCUUCAAGCGUUGGUAAAGCUCAGACUGGUGAGAAAGGGCAGAAUGUCAAUCAACCAAGUGCAGGCAUACAGACACUUAAUGGCGGUGUUAUGCCAAAAGUCGAGACUUCGAAGUCAUCCUCUAACUUUAAGUCUAGCGUUCAGACCAAGACUACACAAAAUCAGCUGUUUGGUAUGAUAUCUGGUCUCUCGAGAAAACUCAAAAGGCCUUGAUUGCUUUGAUGUAUUUUUGUUUUUAUCACGUUUUGCUAUAACGAAUUUAUUUAUUAAAUGAUUAAUUCAUUAAAUGAAUUUUUUGGAGUAACCGAUAAACCAGCAUGUAUUACACACAGAUGUGUGUGUUGUUAUAUUUGUGGCAACAAAAGUUCCUAAAAUUAACAACUAUUUAUGUUGUAACAAUAUGAUACCAUUACCCAUACAGUAAUGUAGUGAAUCGUCACUGUGUCAACGUAACUUGACAAAAGCAAAUUGCAAAUUUCCUACAUGAGAAUUCGACUGUCGGUUACGCCAUUACUGCAAACCGAAUUAAAGUAAAAAGUUGUUGAUGUUGCUUCCAUAUUUUUGCGAAAACAUGAUAUCAGUACAUUAUAUAGCAAUUAUAUACUAUGUAUUAGCAAAUAUCAAACAUAAACAUGUAAACUUGAGUCUCUCGACAAAGGGUUGAAAGCGAAAAGGUUCUAUCUUCUUUUUUAUUUAAUGUCACUUAAAACAUUUUCGCAUUCACCCCUCGCUACGUUUCCGGACAGAAUAAUCGAUUACGCGUACUAUAGAAAAAAAAAGUUCUAUAGGCUGCACUAAAUUGCGAACGAAAUAAGAUGUAUAAGAAAGUGCUGACCAUAUCGAUAAAGAAGGAUAUUGAAAACUGCGGAUAUUCUUAUAAGGGUAUAACAUGUAAAGAUUAUUAUUUUGAUAAUGCUCAUUUUUUUUUUAAAAUUCGCACAGGGAUGAUCAGUUUCUUCUUAACCUUUUCGGCUUGUCUCCAAUACUUGUUUCACGACGUUACCCUUGCCUCAAACUGUUAAAAUCGUUAUGAAAUAUAUUUACAUAAAACUGAGUACAUACUGAUGUCACUAAUGACUUUACAUACGCGCAUGUGUAAGCUAAGUUUAAAUUUCAUUUGAGGAUUUUCAAGGUGGGGGGGGGGCCGUCGUAAUUUCGUUUCAUGUUAUUAUUAAGUGAGAAAAAAUUCUAUGGCAAUUAAAAGGGAUAAUUUAAAAUAAAAUGCUCCGAAUCAGGUAACAAUUUUCGCCUGGUAAGUGGACUUUUCCUAUUUAAAAAAUAAAAUAAAAAUGUAUGCGUCCAGUAUGUGGCAAAAACAUAUUCUUUCGACAUCUUAAUUUUGUAUAAUAUAUUCUAAGAUUAAAGAAAUACUGAAUAGGUUGUGGCUAAGGAGGCAAUGUUUACAAAUAAACGUGUUGAUCUUAUC